AUGCACAUCUUAAAGCUGCCAGCUGCUCUCCUCAUCCUCUCUGUGGCACUAAACCACUUGAAAGCUACACCUGUCAGAAGUGGUACCAAUCACCUGGUGGACAAACGGAAGUGCAACACAGCCACAUGUGCCACACAACGCCUGACAAACUUUUUGGUCCGUUCGAGCAACAACCUUGGUCCUGUCCUUCCACCAACCAACGUGGGAUCGAACACAUACGGCAAGAGGAAUGCAGCAGAGAUUCUGAACAGGGAAUCUUUGGAUUUCUUACUCCUUUAGAGCCAAUGUACUUCUUCAUCUCUUGUUACUUUAUGUGUAA